CCGAAAUACAUCUCUUUUCUCACCUAUAAAAGGGUUAUAAGUUUCCUUUGUUUUCCAUCUUCCAACUAAAAUAGUCCUUAUUUAAGGCUGUUUUUGGCUUUGCUAUAAUUUGGUGAAGUGGUCCGUCGGAGAUGGCGACACGUAGGGCUACACACAUCAUUCAGAGAUGUUCAGUACCAAAUGUAAUGUUCUCAUUCCUUCUGUUUUACCUUUUGUUUUAUUCAAUAUUACUGAAUUGCAUAAUUUUUUUGUUAGUUUGCAUUGUUAGAUUUUUUUUCUAUCAAAUGAUCUUGAUUUUGUAAAUUGGAUGGUUGUGUGUGAACCAAUUGUUGUUAGAUUUUACUUCAGUACUAUACUUGAGAUGGUGUAAUCCAUUUUAUUGGGGACCUAGAUAUUUGGUUUAGAGGAAGGGGGGAAUUUACUAUAAUGUAACACUAUAUAUAUUGCGUAUUCCAACAAUUACUAUAAUGUUAAGACCACGAAAUGGCUGGUCGUAAAAGUGGAAGUAAAGACAGGGGAUGUUGAGGCUGGUGAUGACAUUGAUGAGAAGCCUCCUAAACAACGGGACGUGGAGAAGGUGGUGGAUGGGGAGGCCGGUACUAGCAAGUGUGGAAAGAGGAGGAAGAAGCACGAUUUCUACGCUGAGGAGAUUUUCAAACCUGGGGGUAUGCAACCGCCCUUGAACCCUUACUUCUUGGUGGAUGUGGGGGAAAGGAAAGUGAAUGAGAUGUACUUCUUGACAUAUGUGAUCAACCCACAAGAUCAAACUUCUCGAGACGAAGCGCACAUCGUGGAAGGAUGGUAGAGUGAACUAUUGUGGAUGGUGGAAAGCCAACUACCGAGCGGAUAUUCUGAAAAUAGUUCAAUUUCUCGGUGCGAAAAAUGAUGAAUCGGCCAGCAUUCUUCAAGUUUUACGUGCCUUGGCUUGGUGAAGAAAAUCAGAAAAUCCCUCCAAGGUUUAUUCAAUCUCUUCCAGGAAACUGGCCAAAGAAUUGGUCACUUCGAGACCGUUACAACAAUUUGUGGGAAGUGAAAGUGGAAAUGAAUGGCGGUGAUUGGUACUUUAAAGAUGGUUGGGCAAAACUUGCUGAAGAUAAUAAGAUAAAAGGAGGGGAUAUGUUUAUCUAUGAGUAUUUCUCUCAUGGUUUACUUGACUUCAAAAUUCAUGGAGGCAAUGGUUGCAUGACAGAAGGUGCUGGGGUCAGAUUAAUAUGAAUAUUGAAGAGCAGCCGAGUGUAAAGAUAGAACCAAAUGAUGGCGUUGUAAAUCAUACUGAUAAAUCUGAUUAUGUUCCUAUCGGUGAAGGACACACAAAUGAGAAUUAUGACGAUAAUGGCGAUCAUGGAUCCCCGCCUAUGCCGCUGCCUGUGCCACCUGUGCAGGUACAGGUACCCCCUGUACCCCCGCCCGAAGAAGAGAAUGCAAAGGAUGAUCAGAUUCAAGGGGAGCGAGUCACGGAUGGUGCGGCCAGUUCUUGCAAAUGUAAAACCAAAACAACUCGUCGCCGCGACUGGUACGGUGCAGAGCUCAUGAAAACAGGGUUCAUUCCACCAUCCCCAAAUGCUUAUUUCGUGACCAAAAAACGAAGAGGAAGAGUUUAUGAACUAUAUAUACCUGUGGAAGUGAUCAAAAGCUUCAACCUGAAACUCCCUGAGAAUGUGACGCUCAUCGACCCAAAAGGAAGGCAGUUUCCUGCCAAACGCAAGAUGUGGGCGGACCAGAGGAUGUUCUACAUCGGAGGCUGGAAAAGCCUUUGUGUAGUGAACAAGGUGGAAGACGAAGACUUGUGCAUUUGCGAGUUCUUGUAUAACGCUGAUGAUCUAUGCAUCAGUGUAAGCUUCUUUCCCCCAAAAUAGCAGCAAUGCUUGAAUGGAGUGGAUUAGAUUUGUAUUGAGGAGUUCACAUUUGUAUAUGAUUUUAGGGAUAUGAUUUGUUGUUUCAAUCAAUAGUUUUCCCAAACAAUAAAAUGGUAGUACGAUUUUAGCACCAA